UCAAUCUCGGAAUCUCUUCACCCAAGUACUACCGGAGUAGCUUUCUCUUCCUCCCCGUACGCGUAACGCGGCUGGCCGGCGAGCUCGCCCUCUUCCUUCCGGCGGCCCAGGACCUCCCGGCGCGAGCAGGGGCGCUGUCUUCCGUCAUCCUCAGCCGCACGGCCCUCCAUUCACAAACAAGAAGAUGAGUGACAAUAAUCUGAUGGAUAAAGUCAAUGCCUUAGGCGAGCGGCUCAAGAUAAGUGGGGCAGAAGUCAGCCGCAAGAUGUCAGCUGGUGUGAGUAACAUGAGUUUCAAGAUGAAGGAGUUCUUUCAAGGACAGAACAUGGCAGACAAGAUAGUUGAUGAAGCCACGCUGGAGACUAUGGAUGCUCCUGAUUGGCCCACCAAUCUUGAGAUAUGUGAUAUGGUUAACACUGGAAAUGUUAACAGCAUUGAACUGAUCCGUGCCAUCAAGAGACGGAUCAUGUUGAAGAAUCCACGAGUGCAAUACCUUUCUCUUGUCCUCCUUGAGACCGUGGUUAAAAACUGUGAGAAGGCUUUCUCUGAGGUUGCUGCUGAGCGGGUCCUUGAUGAGAUUGUCAGACUGAUUGAUGAUCCACAGACUAUAAUCAAUAACAGAAACAAAGCACUUAUGCUUAUUGAAGCAUGGGGAGAGUCAGGAGAUGAGCUCCGCUACCUUCCGGUGUAUGAAGAAACUUACAAGAGCUUAAGAUCUAGGGGAGUUCGCUUUCCUGGGCGUGAUGAUGAGAGUCUGGCACCAAUAUUUACUCCUCCUCGUUCAGCGCCUUCAUCUGAACCAUAUUCUGCUGCAGCACAGGAAGGGUAUCAAGAAAUUCCAGAUGAAAGUCUUGAUCCAGUUCGUAUUGUUCCUGCUGUGCAAGUCAAUGAGGCUUUUGAGGUGGCCCGUAAUACCGUUGAACUUCUUUCCACAGUACUAUCUUCUUCUCCACAAAAAGAGGCUCUCAAGGAUGACUUGACUACCACUCUGGUUCAGCAAUGCCGACAGUGUAAGCGCACCAUCCAGAGAAUCAUUGAGACGGCUGGUGACAACGAGGUUCAACUCUUUGAGGCAUUGAGCGUCCAUGAUGAACUUGAGAAGGUUCUCACCAAGUACGAAGAGCUCAAGGAACCUGUUGUUGCAGAGCCUGAGGCAGAGCCAGCGAUGAUUCCAGUCACCGUCGAGCCAGAGAACUCCCCCCGCACUAAAGAUGGCACUGUAGGGAAGCCAGCAGGUUUUGGUGCUGAUGACUUGCUUCAAGAUCUUGACGACAUGAUAUUUGGCAAGAAGGGUAGCACCUCAUCUCCACAGGAUAGGAAGGAACAAAAGGACGAUUUCAUCAACUUUUGACCAACAGAUACGACAGGGUCGCAGGUAGACACUUGAUAUGGAUUUGUGUGAUAUGCUCAUCUUGCUUGAAUGUGUACACUCCAUGGCUUUUGUUUGGUUUACUAUGUUGGGCAUGACUAGAUGCUCGCUGUACAGGAGGAAUAUACAUAGAUGUAGCAGCCCCCCUACUUACUGUCACAUGUGACAUCUUGGCAGUGUUAUUCUGUCUUAUGAAUUAUGCUACCAGUGACGGAGAUUUCUAUAUGCUUUUGGAAACUCAAAUUAAAAAAAAAAGCAAAAGCUUCAGGAGUUAGCGAAUUAGAACUGCGAGUGAUUGUUGCCCUUUGGUAGGAUUUUGGGUGGUGAGGAUGUGGCUGUCGUAUCGUCUCAUGUAAAAACUGUGUUGAGCGGUGCUGGAUUAGAAAUUUAGAAUGGUGGAGGUACCUGGGUUACAAGAUCUUUUGCCAGGUUGCCUUGUUAAUUGUUGUGUCAGUUAUCCAGGAUGAGAUCCCCGUAUGUAUAAACCUGACUGAUGAGCUAAGCUGGAAGCAAGAUUGAUCGUGCAUGCAAGUCCAUCUGGAGGCCAGUACUGGCACGCAUGAUGUCCCCCAUGAUGCAUCACCAAAAAUAUAUGUUGGAUGGAGCUGACCUCUCGAAGGUCGUCUGAAGUAAGUCGAAAACCGAGCACUGGUACUUUAUCACGUUGUGAAAAAAAAAACAUGAACGACAAAACUUGUUAAUACACAUGUUAUGUAUGACCUGUCUCUUC